AUGGCGAAGAACUCGUCCACCUCCUCAUCUUUCGUCGUCGCCAUCUUGAUCACACGGUUCGCACCGUUGUCAUCCUCACGUGCCUUCCUUCUUUUUCCGUUCAAUUCUCCGUCAUCUGUCAAUUUUCUUAAGCAUCUCUUACAAAGGGUUGAAAUUUUCUGGUGUACUAAAAGGGGAUGGCUUUUAAGCUUUUUAAAGCCAAAUAUUUUGCGCAAUUAUUCCUUUUUGGAAAUGCAGUUGGGAUCUAAUCCUUCUUUGUCUUGGCGUAGUAUCUGGUCUACUCAGUCUCUCAUUGCUGCUGGAUCCAAAUGGAUUGUGGAGAAUGGGUUAUCUAUUAAUAUCUGGAAUGAUCGCCGGGUCCCUGGUGAUUUUGGUAAACUAGUUCGACCUCUUCGUGUGGGGCUCCCUGAUCUAGUAGUGGAGUUAUUCGAUUCUCGACGGACUGGUUGGAAUGUGGACUGGCUUAAAUUUUUAUUUCCACCUCCUAUUGUAGCCGCUAUUCUUCGGUGUCUUUUCAGUUUCUUUUCCAAGGAAGAUCGAUUGGGGUGGGAUGGUGAGCCUAAUGUUUGCCAACUUCUCAAGGUUCGCGAGAUGGUUAUUGAUGUUGUGUGCCCCAGGUGUGGUAUUGAGGAGGAAUCUUUAGAACAUAUGUUUUUCCUUUGUCCUCAUUCUCUACAAAUUUGGAAAUUAUUGCCUUUAAGGUUUGAUUUCUCAAUGAUGCAGCCUUCAUCUUUUGCAGCUUGGUGGAUGAACUUACAGAGAAUGUCGGUGUCGAAAGAUGAGAAUCAGGCUGUUCUAGGUUUGGUGGCCUUCUGUUGUUGGGGUAUUUGGAAGGCUCGGAAUAAGUUUGUUUUUGAUAGAAAGCUUUUUGCUCUGUCUAAGGUGAUUUCGUUGGCUUGUUAUUCCUUUUGGGAGUUUAAGGAAGCUUCUACUUCGACCGGUCCUACUUUGCAUUUUGCUCCGGACGGGUCUUGGUCUGCUUCACAACCCUCUCUUUCCCCGUCUAUUUGGGUUCCUCCAACAGAGAGUAUUAUUAAAUGUAAUGUGGAUGUUUCUUUUUCAUCUGUUGCCCAGGUUGGAGGUGGGGGUGCUGUUUUUAGGGAUUCUAAGGGAACUGUUUUACAGGCAAUGGUUUUUUCUUCCUUCUAUGUUUCUUCUGCUACUUUGGCUGAGGCUUUAUGUUUGCGUAAAACAGUUCUAUGGGCUUUAACUUCAUCUUAUGUCCAGGUGUGGUUUGAAAGGGAUUCAAUGUUGCUGGUUCAGGCAGUUAAUGGAAGUGAUUGUGGUCCGGUUGAAAUUCAGUCUGUAUCUUUCGAUGUUAGAGUGGCUCUUCGGCGAUUCUCCUUUUCUCGACUUAGCCAUGUGCUUAAACAUGGUAAUAGGGUCGCCCAUGCUCUUGCCCAGCUUUCACGUCACCAAAUAACUCACGAUACUACUCUGGUUCAUAUUCCUGUUGAUAUUCUUGUCCUAGCAGCCCAAGAUUGUGGUUUUUGA